AUGCCUAAGAAAGUCAAGGGCAAGAAGCUCAAGGGUGUCAAGAGACCAGCCCGACUCAGAAAGCUCAAGAAGGCAGCACGUGAAGCAGCCAAGGUAGCUGCCGCAGCCAACAACCCUACCCUCCACCCAGUUGAUCCUCAGGACAACGCUCCCCAGGACGACUUCGUCUCCGACGGCGAGGACUCGUACGCCGAGAGCAUCAACCCCAAUGAGCGCGAGCGCUUCAAGCGCGUGAUCCGCCUCCCCCUCCACAUCGACGACGAGACCAUGGGCCGCCGCCUUCUGGUCACCGGAGGUGCCACCGUGCCCUUCGUGGCCCUGCUCGAGGAGGCAACCGGCGAGGACUUCCUGCAGGUGCUCCGUGACCACGGCUUCACCCACGUCUACCUGCAGUGCGGCGCCGCUCACGACCAGAUCAAGGCGCGCCUCAAGGGUGACGGUCGCGGCGAUGGCGGCUUGGAGGUCGAGACCUUUGACUUCUGCCGCGAACUCAAGUCGCUCAUAAGGGAGCAUUGCCGCGGCGAGAAGGGCGUCCAACCUGCUGGUGUAGUCAUCGGUCAUGCGGGUACUGGCACUAUCUCUGACACGAUGGAGGUCGACUGCGCGCUGGUGAUUGUCGCGAACACGACUCUGAUGGACGACCACCAGUCCGCCUUCGCGGCCGAGAUGGCCAGCGAGUACCCGACUAUCAUUCAGGCGCACCUUGGCCCGUUUUCAAGCAAUAUCGCCAAGUCCAUCCCCGACAUCAUAGACGUCAUCAAGCAGAAUGGCUUGGACGACCUGGAGCCCUACGAGGAGCCAAGCCUUCCCGAGGAGCAGCAGCUCACAUUUAUCGACGAGGUUGUCGCCGGUGCUACGCGCCCUCAGUCGUACUACGGCAAUCGCCCAUUCCACCGUUGCAUUGUCCAGUAA